CAUUACACCGGAAGUUUGCAAAGGUUCGACCAAUCAUCUUCGGUUGUUACCGUGGCAUUUCCUGUGUCAGUUGGAAGCAGCAGUGGGAAAGGUAACCUGGUGAUAAUCGUCCGGAGUGGUUUCUUGGACCAAACUAAACACUGUAUUUUUUCAUAGAUCAGCAAUGCAGAAGAUGGAGAUGGAGGAUCCAGUAGCUGAUAGCAGUGCAGAUGAUACAGAGGAGAGCACCGCUGCAUCUGAGAUGACCAACAGCCCCAAAGAAACCGUAGCACAGCCGGAUGGCACACUAACCAACAAAUCUCAGACAGAGGAAGGCUUGGAGGAGGUAGAAGCUGGAGCGCUUUCUGAAUCUGUUUCCCGGGACAUGGCUGAGGAACUGAGCAGACAACUGGAGGACAUCCUCAGCACCUAUUGUCAUGAGGAAGGUGAUGUUGGCGGCAAGAACAUGCUGGUGGCCAACGGUCAGCCUGAUGGUGUGGAAGUGAAUGGACUGUCUGAGAAGGAGGAUGGCAAGCAGGAGGAGACCAAGCUGAAUGGCAGUGGAUUGAUGGAGAAGGACCAGAAAAAGCAGCAGGAGAAGAAGAAAGUGAAGGGGCUGGGCAAGGAGAUAACCCUUCUAAUGCAGACCUUCAACACACUGAGCACUCCAGAGGAGAAGUUGGGUGGUCUCUGUAAGAAGUAUGCUGAGCUGCUAGAGGAGAACCGUAAUGCUCAGAAACAGAUGCGGUCCCUGCAGAAGAAGCAGACGCAGCUGAUCCAGGAGAAGGACAACUUAAGAAACGAGCACAGCAAAGCCAUCCUGGCACGCAGCAAGCUGGAGAGUCUCUGUCGAGAACUGCAGAGACACAACCGCACACUUAAGGAGGAUGGUGUGCAGCGUGCCCGAUUGGAGGAGGAGAAAAGGAAGGAAGUGACCUCACAUUUCCAGGUGACACUGAAUGACAUCCAAGCUCAGAUGGAGCAGCACAACAAGCGUAAUGCAAACCUAAGGCAGGAGAACAUGGAGCUGGCUGACAAACUGAAGAAGCUUAUUGAGCAGUAUGAGCUCAGAGAGGAGCAUAUUGACAAGGUGUUCAAGCAGAAAGAUCUGCAGCAACAGCUGGUAGAUGCAAAGCUUCAUCAGGCACAAGCACUGCUCAAGGCCUCGGAGGAACGGCAUCAGAAGGAGAAAGACUUUCUCCUGAAAGAGGCAGCGGAGUCCCAGAGGAUGUAUGAGCUCAUGAAACAGCAGGAAGUCCAUCUGAAACAGCAGCUCUCACUGUACACAGAGAAGUUUGAAGAGUUUCAAAGCACGCUUUCCAAAAGCAACGAGGUGUUCACAACAUUCAAACAAGAGAUGGAAAAGAUGACAAAGAAGAUUAAGAAGCUGGAGAAGGAAACGACCAUGUACAGAUCACGAUGGGAAAGUAGUAACAAAACCCUGCUGGAAAUGGCAGAGGAGAAAACAGUACGAGACAAGGAGUACGAAAGCGUGCAAGUGAAAGUGCAGAGACUGGAGAAGCUCUGUCGUGCGUUACAGAUAGAACGCAACGAGCUGAGUAAGAAGGUUCAGGAUGUCUCCACAGGCAUUGAGAGUAAGCCAGAACCGGAGACGGGGUCCCCACCAGAAGCCACAGACUCGGAGGAGGGCAGCCCUGUCCAUCAGAACAGCCCAGAGACUCCACAGAGCGCUUGUAGCCCGGCCUGCCACUGCACUGCAGAACUAGAGGCCGAGACUCACAGAGAGGUUUGCUCGGCCCAGGAUUGAGUCUUGUUGUUUCUGGGCGGCCAGGACACACACAAUCCUUCCCACCUCUACCCGAGCCUCCGUCGGCUGUCAGCCUCUGUUGUUUUCUGCAUCUGUGUCCACAACGGGACCACUGACUUGGCUGCUCCUGGGGGGUUUCAUUGUGUCAGGGAAGAUUGUGCCUUCAACAUGAUUCCUAUGCUGCGUUUAUAUUCUUUUGUUUUAAUUUGGCUUGCUUUAUCCAACCCUAUUCCCCUAAAAAAAUCCCAUAUUUGCAUUUUGAGGGGCAUUGAUGUUGCUGCUGUGUUGGAAUCCUCAGUGUUUGAUCACUAAAUGCUUGUCUCUUUUCAGUUUGGCUGAAGAAUCCUAACAGGUGGACUGCUGAAAUCUGUGAAACAUUCUUUGCCGUGAAACAGCAGUUAGGUGAUGCGAUUUCUGUGGGGGUUUUUAUUUAAUUUCUCGCCUUAAGUUGUUGCAUCAGGUAAACUCUGCUUGUACACUCUCCAGCCACCCUCUCUCUUCGUUUUAAACCCCACAAAUCAUAGUUUGCACCAAACAAAGAAUGUAUGAUUUGUUAUUCAUCUUCACUACUCAGAGUUUAGAAUUGUAGGCAUACAGUUAAGACUAAAAUUGUUUUUGCAUUUAAGGUUCAUGUGAUCAGAACUUAGAUUUACUUUUAUGCUUUUGCACAGCAUUUGAAUUUGUCACAUGUAUCUUUUAGUUUUCACCAUCUUAGAGCACCACUAGCUUCUUGAAGUUUAUAUAGCCACCAUUAUAGAUGCAUUCCUUUAACCCAGUUCCAUCAACUUCUAAUUAGGAUUGUGCACUUAAAUGAUGUCGUGAGCAAUUCUCAUUCUGUGUGUGAGUUCAGUCGGACAGGUUUUUUUUUGUUUGUUUUUUUCUUCUUCACUUUCCGAUACUGAUCACAUGAUUGUUUGUCUUACUAAAUGUGUUAUUCAAAAUGUAAAAAUAAAUAAACGGUUACAUUAAACAUCAGAUUAAAUGGGAAGAUUCAAGUACACUAUGCAAUUCUAGCUCUGUUCAUGUCAUCUCAGUGUUGAGCAUGUGAGCAAAGCACUGACAUGCUGUGAAAUGAAUGUACGUUCCACACAAAGUGACUUAGUUUUGUGAUGUCAGUAAAUUUAAGCACUCUAGAAUUUUUUUUUUCCCUCCAUUAUAUCACUUUGACACAUUGUUGUGCCCCUUUAAUAUUGGUAGUGUUUUUUUUUUUUUUUUUCAUGUAGUGCAUCAAGUCAUCAGCUGACCUCGUAAAUCCUUCCAUAUUUCAUUCCUGUCAGUCAAGGUUUCUGCACAGGUUUAGAUUUUUACGUUUCAAAAUGUUUGUCAAAUGGUAUUUUAUUUUAUUUGCUGGUUAUUCAAAUUUGACAUUCCCAUUACAUAAGAAGGUACCAAAGAUGUUUCUUGAUUUCCCCCCACAUCCUGUAUACAUUUAUUUGCUAAUUAAAAUACUUAGAACAUUUAAA